AUGAAUUUCAACCGCAAAGGUUUCGUUAGCACGCUAGAUGGCUACCUGGACACCCUUUUGUGGGCGACGCCGCCCAUCCAGAGAGUAUAUUUGGUCGCGGCUUUGGCAAAUGCUUUUCUCGGGAUCUUUGAAUGUCUCAUUAUAAUGCGCACUCGUUUCGCGUCAACAAACACAGUCCUGUGUUAUCUCACCUCGGCUCUAGUCGCGCUGUCACAAGUAAUGAUGGAAAUUCACAAUAACUUCCCCAGCCCCAGUUUUGCCGAGGUCUUUAGCCUCAUAUUUCUUAUGAACACGUUCUACCUGAUAAUCUGUCUGGCAUUCUCUUCGAAACGACACUCGGCUUUGAUCGCUGCGGUCUUUUUGGCCAUGUUCUGCACCAUGAUGUACGCUAUUCAGGCCGGCCUAUACACUGUCCCAAACAAGGAGGCGUUUCUUCACGUCAUACAAUUUUGCACUACGGUGGCCAACAACUUUGUGCCGUUUGACCCACUACUGGCAUCACUGAGCGAGGGUCACAGGAACUUCCCUUCCCAGUGGUUUCCACUGUUGACGGGCUUAGUUUACUGUCUUACCGGAGGACUGUACAGACAUGCACGCAAGGACAGUCUCAUGGCGCCGGCAGACGCUCUCGGAAUAGCUGUGCAUUUGUUCGGAAUCGCGGUUGAACUGCAACAUUGUAUGUUUCACUAG